AUGAAAAGAAAUAUGGGAGAAACAAAUAUCACUAUCAUGGUGGAAUUCAUUCUCUUGGGAUUUUCUAAUCUUCCUAGGCUUGAAGGCUUUCUCUUUGUGCUAUUUUUGGUCAUCUAUAUGAGUAUUCUGAUAGGAAAUGGCCUAAUUAUUUUCAUUACCAAGAUUGAUCCAAGUCUCCAAACACCUAUGUAUUUUUUCAUUGGAAACUUUUCCUUCUUAGAAAUUUGUUACACAUCAGUAACUAUACCAAGAUUGCUGACAAACCUUUGGAGCCAAAGAAGAAAUAUUUCCUUCCUGGCUUGUGCUGUACAACUUACUUCUUUUCUUAUUAUGGGAGCCACUGAAUGCUUCCUACUAGCUGUGAUGGCUUAUGAUCGUUAUGUGGCCAUCUGUAAGCCACUCUACUAUCAUGUCAUCAUGAAUCACAAGACAUGUAUCAAGCUGGUGGUUGGCUCCUGGAUCAGUGGAAUCCCACUCCAAAUAGGACAGACUUACCAGAUUUUCUCUUUGCCCUUAUGUGGUUCUAACAAACUUAAUCACAUAUUCUGUGACAUCCCACCAUUACUAAAAUUGGCAUGUGGAGACACGUCAGUAAAUGAGUUCUCUGUCUAUGCUGAUGUUCUGAUCUUAGCCAUGAUUCCCUUUCUAUUGAUAUUAUGGUCAUACAGCCAAAUCAUUGGUACCAUACUCAAACUACCAUCAGCCACUGGAAGAUCCAAAGCAUUUUCUACUUGUUCUUCUCACCUCAUUGUUGUAGGUUUAUUCUUUGGAUCAGCUAUCAUAACAUAUUUGCGACCCAAAUCUAUUCAUUCAGCAGAAGCAGACAAAGUUCUCUCUCUUUUCUAUACUAUUGUGACUCCCAUGUUCAACCCUAUAAUAUACAGUCUUAGAAACAAAGAUAUCAUUGUUGCACUGAAGAAACUGUUACCCAAGUAA